AUGGCAACUAAAUUCGACGCUGCGGCUUAUAAUUUCCGACAAAAGAUGCCUUAUAUCAGUAAGGAUCUACUGCGAUGGUUUCCCGGUCACAUGAAUAAAGGCUUGAAGCAAAUGCAGCGGAAAUUAAAUAGUGUGGACUGUGUCAUCGAAGUUCACGACGCAAGGAUUCCGUUUUCUGGCAGAAAUCCAAUAUUUACUAAUACUUUGACUGGUGCAAAGCCUCACAUAUUAGUUCUGAAUAAGAAAGAUUUGACUAUAAAUUCGUUAAUACCGCGAAUAACAGAUCAGUUAAAAGCCGAACAGAAUAUUCAGAACAUAGUGUUUACAAACAGUAAAGAUCAAUACUGUCGAGGCUUAAAAUCUCUUAGACCUCUAAUGGUAGAUUUAAUAAAAGACUCGAAUCGGUAUAAUAGGAGUGAGGAAUCUGAUUACAAUGUGAUGAUCAUUGGAGUACCAAAUGUUGGAAAAUCAUCACUGAUUAACAUGCUGCGGUCCAGGAAUUUGAGGAUAAAGCAUGCAUUGCCAGUUGGUGCGGUGGCGGGGGUCACGCGGAGCUUGAUGACAAAGAUAAGGAUUAACAAUGACCCUACUAUUUUCAUGUUUGAUACCCCAGGGAUUCUAGAACCGUCAGUGACAAAUGUAGAAAUGGGUCUGAAACUGGCUCUGUGUGCGUCCUUACAAGAUCACUUGGUGGGGGAAGAGGCUAUAGCUGACUACCUGCUUUUUUGGCUGAACAAGCACGGGAAAUUCAAGUAUGUGGACUACAUGGGGCUGGAGGAACCUUGCGAUGACAUUAAUAAGGUGCUCAUAGCUGGAGCAGUUAAGUUUAACCGUAUUCGGAAGACUCGGGACUAUGACAACAGUGUACGAGUAGUGCCUGACCUGAUAGAGGUCGCUAGGACAAUGAUUAAGGCCUUCAGGACCGGGGAACUGGGGAGAACGUUGUUAGAUAUUGAUCUGCUAAAUGAUAGGUCAGUGAGAGAAAAAGUUUUAGCAUAAAUAUAAAUAAGUAAAUCACCCCUUUUCUUUAUUGUAAAUCACGUUAUUAUAAAUUGGUGUUAAACAUCCAUUUUGGCCGUGAUACUGUUAGACGUUUUAUGUAAAAGAUUUUUUUUGUAAAUAUUAAUUCUGUAAAUAAGUAGUUGUUAUUAAAUAAAUAAAUAAAAA